UAUCACUCAUACCGAACCACCACACUUUACCUAUACAUACUACCCACUGCACAUAUCAUCAAUAACACUCUAAUAAAUAAUCCUAAUAAUCAAAAAAUGUCCCCCCAACCACUCACCCUCGCCAUCACCACAACCCCAACCACCACACUUCAAUCCCUCCCUCAAACCAUCCACCUCGCAGCCUCGAAAGGAGUUCAUAUCCUCCUCGUCCCAUCCAUGACACCCCUUCCUCUUUCUCAACCACCAGAAACAACAACGAAUCCAGCACAAAAUAUCCGAGAAACAUACCUACAGAUAUACAACCACGCGAUUGACCUAAACGAUCCCCACACUUCACCAACCACCACAGCGAAAAGCAACAACACUAGAGAGGAUCUAGAGCAAAUCGCUCACACGACAAACCUCUACCUCAUUAUCGGGCUGCUCGAACGCGCAAAAGGGCGGAUAUAUCGCUCUGUGGUGUUUGUGCAUCCGUGUGAUGGGGUAGUGAGUGUGAGGAGGGGGAGUAGUUUGACUGGAAUUGAAAAACUCCUUCUUACGAGUGGACCAUCCACCCCAACGAACACAGCCCCAGUUACUACGAAGAUCAAUGGGGUGGAUGUGAAGAUUGGUCUUGGAAUCGGGGGUGAGAAUUGGGUGACGGGGUUUAGGGAGCGGAUGUAUAGGGAUGGAGAUGGAGAUGGCAUACAAAUUUAUAUCGCUUUUGGGGGGAAGGUUCUGGGUGAUUUUGGAGGAAUUAGUGGCGUUAGUGGCGGGGAUGCUGGACACGAGAAAGAGGUCUGGGAGGCGUUGGUGCGGACGGUGGCUGUUGAAGGACGGGUGUUUGGGUUGGGGGUUUGGGAGGGGGGUUCUGGGUCUGGAUCUGGGGAUAGGGCUGGGGUUGGGGGUGGUAUCGGUGAUGCAGAUGGAUUCCAAUUCGGUGCGUUGCAUACACAUCCCACUAUGUGGAAGAAACGGUCCAGGUCGAUUACAGCGGAGGGACCGCAUGAGAUUGUGUGGCCGGAGGUACAUACGCAGAGGGAUGAUGAUCCUGAUCAUGAGCAAGAGCAAGAGAAGGGUGAUGAGGGGGUAGGGGCAGUGGUAGGUUCAAGGGCGAGGAGAUCUACGGCGGAGGGACCCCAUGAGAUCGUUUGGCCGGAUACACAUGCCGAUGAGGAUUGGGUCAGUCCGGGGAGAAAGGAGAAGAAGGGGAUGGGUAGGGUUUCUGCGUGGAUGGUAAGCCCGUUGGGGGAGAUGCUCGCUCCAAAAGAGGCAGAUGGCUUGCUGGUGAAAGAGAUUGAUUUGGAGGAUUGUAUUCGGGCUCGCUGGGAUCAAGACAGAGGUGGCUUGGGGGAUGUUUUUCGGUUGGUGUUGGAGGGGAGUUAAGUACGUGUGUGGUAUAAUUUCUG